GCCCGCGUCCGGGAGUGGACGGGGAGCGUCGGUGCCGUCGUCGAACGGGCCGCCGAGCUCUCCGGCGGCUUCCAGCGGCGCAGGGGCGACGCAUCGGGCGGCGGCGCGCGCGCGGAGACCGAGCCGAAGCCGCCAGUCGCCGAGGACUGGGGCUCCGCGCGCCUCGGCAUGUCGGCCGCGGCGCCGGCGGGCGUAGCCACCGAGAAGCGGCCCGCGGCGGCGCCCGAGGCCGUCGCCGCGCCGGAGGAAACUCAAAAGAGACGCCGCGUCGCGGGCCGCCUCGUGGCGUACGACGACGAGGGCCACCGGCCCAAGGCCUGGCGCCGCGACCUGUCGCCCAAAAAGCCGGCGACGCGACGGGCGUCCAAGGGCGCGCGCGUCGCCUUCGCGGACGGGUCCAAGCCCGUCGCUGUUGAUACGCCGGCGCCCGUCGCGGAUCCGCAGCGCCAGGCGCAGCAGCGGCGGCUCUUAGGAAGGCGCAUGGAUCGCGCGAUCUGGGACGCGUUCCGGAGCCGCGAGUUCGCGCCCAUCGAGGCCUUGUUGGCGCACGGCGCCGACGCCGGGUAUGUCAGGACCGAGGGCGGCGGCGAGACGGCGCUCAUGGCCGCCGCGUACCACGGGCGCGAAGAGAUCUGCCGAGCUUUAUUGUCGCGGGGCGCGGACCCGCGCAAACAGGACAAGCGGGGCCACGACGCCGCGGCGCUGGCCCGCGUCAAGGGCAACGCGACGCUCGCGACGCUGCUGGACGGCGUCUGCCUCGAGCCCGUGGCCGCGCCGCCGCGCGCGGCGACACCCCCGCCCCCGGAAGCGCCUGCGGCGGCCAAGUCGCCGAAGCAGCGCGGCGACGACGUCCACCCGCGGCUUCUCAAGAAAAACGGCAUGGACGACGACGACGACGCGGCCGACGACGAGGAGGCCAUCUCGCGGAGCGUGGCUUUGCCCGAGGCGGAGAGUGGGUAAUAAGUAUUGUGUGAC